CUGAACCUGGGCUCAGGCCCAAGAGCUUGUGAAAUCCACAGACCCCCUCUCAAAUCUUUGCGAUCGUUGUUUCUUUAGCUUCGUACCCGUCCCUCUCGCUCUCAUCGUCCGCGACAUCAAUUUUCACGAAAGAGGUAGAAGUUACAAAGAUGGACAUAAUUUCCCAAUUACAAGAACAAGUCAAUGCAAUUGCAGCUGAUGCCUUUAAUACUUUUGGGGCACUGCAGAGGGAUUCUCCUUCUGUUCGACUGUCUCCUAAUUAUCCUGAGCCACCACCAGCUAAUCCUACAGAAGAUGCAACAAGUUUUGCUGAGCAACCCAAGAUUAUGAGUGCUGCUCUGGUAAAGGCUGCUAAGCAGUUUGAUGCAUUGGUUGCGGCACUUCCUUUGUCCGAGGGAGGUGAAGAGGCUCAGUUGAAAAGGAUUGCAGAGCUCCAGGCUGAAAAUGAUGCUGUUGGCCAAGAACUUGAAAAGCAACUGGAAGCUGCCGAGAAGGAAUUGAAACUUGUCCAGGAGUUGUUCGGCCAAGCUUCAGAUAACUGCUUCAACUUGAAAAGACCAGAUUAGAACUUUGUUCCGUUUGUGCUUCAUAUAGUUCUCUGUCGUCAUUUCUUUUAACAAUGUAACCGUAAUCAUGUAACAGAACCAUGAUAAUUGUAUUGUUUGAUUAGAAAGGAAGCAAUCCUUCAUUACAAGGAGCAUUUCAACUGACGUAGCCACCCAAUAUGCCAAGCCAUUCACGGCAAACAAGACUCGCCAACAAUUGCUGCUAGUGAAUAUAAAUGUAUCAUCAUCCAAUAACAAGAUAGGACAGUGUGUUAACCACGUCAAUGAAGAGAGCCAAAGAUAAAAAAA